CCCAUCGAUCCUCCCGUCCGUCCUCCCGCCGCCCCCGCCGCCGCUGGCCAGAUCCUUCAGGCGGCCUUAGAAAAUAUGCGUCAGAGACAGAGGAGCUGAAAAUGUUCAAAAGGCUUCUGGAUUCUCUCCCUUCUUUUCCUGCCCUUCCAGCCCCCUUGCCUGACUUGGAUGAUGUGAUCUUCAGAGGGAUUCUGUAAUCCAAGACACUCCUCAGCCAGGCACAUCUACAAAAGAUUGCAUUCCUAACUCAAGAUGGCCAGCCAGCCCCUGGAAGAGCCUGUGGAGGCUCAGGUCUCAGACGAGCUAGAGUGCAAGAUCUGUUACAACCGGUACAACCUGAAGCAGAGGAAGCCCAAGGUCCUGGAGUGUUGUCACAGGGUGUGUGCCAAAUGCCUCUACAAGAUCAUAGACUUUGGGGACUCUCCCCAAGGCGUCAUCGUCUGUCCGUUCUGCAGGUUCGAGACGUGCCUGCCGGAUGAUGAAGUGAGCAGCCUGCCCGAUGACAACAACAUCCUCGUAAACUUGACUUGUGGAGGCAAAGGGAAGAAAUGUCUGCCUGAGAACCCCACUGAGCUGCUGCUCACCCCCAAGAGGCUGGCUUCCCUCGUCAGUCCUUCCCACACCUCCUCCAACUGCUUGGUUAUCACCAUCAUGGAGGUGCAGAGGGAGAGCUCCCCCUCUCUCAGCUCCACCCCUGUGGUAGAAUUCUACAGGCCGGCAAGUUUCGACUCUGUCACCACCGUGUCCCACAACUGGACAGUGUGGAACUGCACCUCCCUGCUCUUUCAGACGUCCAUCCGGGUGUUAGUGUGGCUGCUAGGGUUGCUGUACUUCAGCUCCUUGCCCUUAGGGAUCUACUUACUGGUGUCUAAGAAGGUCACCCUUGGGGUGGUCUUCGUUAGCCUCGUCCCCUCUAGCCUUGUCAUCCUUAUGGUAUACGGGUUUUGCCAAUGCGUCUGUCACGAAUUUCUGGACUGUAUGGCGCUUCCUUCUUAAUCAAUGUUCAAAAUAGGAAAUUUGGCACAUGUGGCUAUGUUCAAAUGAUGUACGAUCCAAUUUGCUUUCUUUUGUAUUCUCUAUGACGAGUGUCUAAACCUCAACAAAGCCCUUGGCCAUACGUCUGUGGUCCGUUUUCCAUCCAGAUGUUGGCUUGGUGGGUUUUCCUGGAUUCUGAAAUUUUUUUUUUUUUAAAGUGCACUCCCAUGUAGGGGUUAGCCAAGACGCAAAGCUGGGUGUGGCAUAGCUUUCCUGGCCCUCUGAUAGCUGUGAGGUGUCUCGGUGCAAAGCUAGGAUCCCAGUGAGUGCCUUCAGCAGGUGCCAGGCCAGGCGUGUUACCCUGUGGCAGGGUCUUUGUGAAACUCUAGGGCAUGAAUGAAGUCCUCCUUGAAGUUAAGGGCAUCCGGGAUGGUAGGUAGAUGUCAGAGGUAGGUUGCUCUAAAACACACGGAUGCGGCCCCCGUUCUCCCAACGCUGGAGCCCCUAAUCAUCUUCAGGUGCUUUCUCUCUAAAGGUGAUACUUCUCUGAGAUACUUCUCUCGGGUCCAUUUCUCUUCUGCAGUCCCGCCUGCCCCAGGUUCCCUCAGUCUUAUCCCCUUGGGCAUGUUGCUAUAGAAGAUGGACAACUCUGAGGAGUUUGCAUGGACGUAGACCUCAUGCCAGGGCAUGGCCUUUUGUCUUCAACACAGGCAUUUUCUUCAUCUGUGUUUUCUUCCCAGGCAUCCCUGGGUAGAUCUGAGCAGUUUUUGCAUGUGAAAAUAUUCACUGAAGUAAUUCCGUAAGGCAUUUUAGUUUGGUUUGAUUUCUAACCACAUUCCUUCACCAGCCCCAUCCCUCAUCCUGAACAAAGUUCCAUUUAAGUGAGUUGUUACCAGUUUAUGGAGGUUUUGUUUUCUCCCCCUUGUUUUAGAAAUGUGCUCAGGGCUGACUUUGCUGACCUCUGCAGCAUGCUGGGGGAACCCGUGAAGGUGAAAACCCAGCCACAGGCCACCAGCUGCUCUCAGCCUAGGCCCUGAGAACCCAAGUGGGCCACACGUUUAUGUUGAGAUUCAUGUCCAAUGGAAGUCCAGGCAAAGGAGAAGGUGAAGCCAUGCCAACGUGAUGCCUGGCUCAAAGAGGCACAUUAAUGGAGUGAAGUGAAGGUGGCCAAGUAGCUAACUCCUGGCUACCUGAUAUCCAGUCAGUUUGAGGAUCAAUUUGAGUCCUUAAACUUAUUUUCCACAAAAACAUAAGCUAUGUAUCUUAAGUAUGGACUCCUUUUCCUGAAGUGGUGAUGGGGCAGGGGUGGUGUUGAAUGUAUAUAUUUAUGGGACUAGAUUGUCUAGUAGGCCUUAGAUCGGGGGGAUAGAAUGUUCACAGAAACUAGGCCAAAAGGGGAAAGAAUGCUUCUUAGUCUCUGAGACUCAUUAUUGAUGACUUAACAAUAUUAUACUCAAUAAUGCUUAGCAAAGGGCUUUGCCAAGACUUUGUUAACUUGUUUGUGGUGAAAUAUUUGUUGCGUGAAAUAGUUGCAGGGGGCCAGCUUUAGACUCUGUAUUGAGGGAAAAUGGGUACUUAUCUUGAAUAGGAGUUUUACUUUAGUUGUGUAACUACUGACUUUGAGAAAAUGUAUGCCCAAGGCACAUGUAAUGAGAAAGUUAUGUGGGCUGUGAGCCAAUGAAACUGAAACCCCAACUCAGAGCUAAAUACACUUAUGAUUCCAGAAACCCUAGUUUUAGGUAGUAUCGUGGAUGAGGUUUCCAGAAUUCCAUUUGUACUUUGAGUAAAUACAACAUUUAAGAGGUUUUGUGGUUUGGAUUUAUAUAUUUGUAAGGUUUCCUUUUUAAGAUGCUCAUUUUGUCUGAACUGUGAUGUCGAGUGAGCUGCUGAGUUACUGCAAUGGAGAUUUCCAGAAGGCUCUGGAUCAACUCUGUGUUUUGCUACUUUGUGUGAUAUCUGCAGUGCUGAAGUUGUUUUUGUAUGUGCUGUGGCAAUAUUUUUCUUAAUGUCAAUGUGUUGAUUUGGUUUUAAAGAGUUUUAAAUGUUUGCCAGAAACAAAACAACAUAACUCUCCAUGCUGUUGAAUGGAAAGGGCAAUUUACUGUUGUAUUCCCGAUGCUAAUAUUUUC